AUCAACGAUCACUACGCUAUAAAUUAAGGGAAACCUGCUUUAACAAUGAAAUAAAAUAAUUAAGCUAACCAAAAAAAAAAAUAAUGGAUUUCGAAAUAUUUGGGUUAAUUGCAUUUGCAGGGGCUAUCUUAUGGGUUGCAUGUGCAAUGGUGAAUUGGCUCCAUCGUUUCCAAGGCUCAGCUGGGCAGCUUCCACCAGGGCCAAGAAGGUGGCCAGUGGUUGGCAAUAUUUUCCAGUUAAGUCGGGAACCACCGCAUUUGUCUAUCACUAAAUUGGCUCGUCAACAUGGACCCAUCAUGACACUUUGGCUCGGUUCAAUGUGCUACGUGGUCAUCUCAUCCGAAGAAGUGGCUCGUGAGAUGUUCAAGAACCAUGACGUGGAGCUUGCAGGCCGCAAAAUUUACGAGUCCAUGAAAGGGAAUUACGGCAAUGAAGGGUCUAUUAUUACAGCUCAAUACGGUUCAAAAUGGCGGAUGUUGAGGCGUUUAUGCACCACGGAAUUCUUCGUCCGAAACCGUCUUGAUGCCAUGAAAGACAUACGAAGAAACUGCGUAGAUCAAAUGCUGGAAUUCAUAGAAGAUGCUAGUAAUUGUGGAACCCAUGCCGUCGAUAUCGGAAGAUUCUUUUUCUUAUUGGCUUUUAAUCUCAUUGGUAAUCUCAUGUUUUCAAAGGAUUUAUUGGAUCCGAAAUCGGAGAGAGGUGCAAAUUUUUUUUACCAUGCAAAAAAGUUCAUGGAGUUCGCUGGUAAGCCAAAUGUAGCAGACUUCUUUCCAAUUUUGAAAGGGUUUGACCCUCAAGGUAUUAAACAUAGAACACAGUUUCAUAUUGAACAUGCCUUUCAAAUUGUGGGAGAGUUCAUCAAGGAAAGGAUGGAAAGCAUGGAAAAUGGAUGUAAUGAAAAGAAGAAGAGAAAAGAUUACCUGGAUGUGCUUUUGGAGUUUCAUGGUGAUGGUACAGAGGAGCCAUCAAGUUUUUCUUCCACAACUAUCAAUAGCAUUGUUUUAGAAAUGUUUGCAGCAGCGACUGAUACAACCACGAGCACUUUAGAGUGGGCUAUGUCUGAGCUUUUACACAAUCCAACGAAACUCGAGAAACUCCAAGCUGAAUUGAGAAGUACUAUAGGCCCUGGAAAGAAGGUUGAAGAAAAUGAUAUUGAAAAUCUGCCAUACCUUACAGCAGUUAUCAAGGAAACAUUAAGACUUCACCCACCACUCCCUUUCUUAGUCCCUCACUUGGCUAUGGCCUCCUGCAAAAUGUUGGGCUACACAAUCCCCAAAGAAACACAGAUUCUAGUGAAUGUUCGGGCAAUUGGACGAGACCCCAAAUCGUGGGAUGAUCCAUUAGUUUUCAAGCCAGAAAGGUUCCUGGAACUGAACAACAAGAUGGACUAUAAAGGACAACAUUUUGGGUUUAUACCAUUCGGGUCUGGUCGGAGAAUGUGUCCUGCUGUUCCUCUUGCCUCUCUUGUGCUGCCUUUGGCGUUGGGGUCGCUGCUACAUUCAUUUGAUUGGACCCUGGCAGAUGGGAUUAAGCCUGAGGAUUUGGACAUGACUGAGCGGAUGGCCAUAACGCUUAGGAAAUCCGUUCCUUUGAACGUUAUUCCAUUACCUUACAACAGUAACAGGGACUAA